UUAUAGAGACCGUCAAGUAUAAUCUCCAGCUUUGUGGGGGUCACAACAUGCAUGGACUGGUAGUUUGACAUUGGAAUUGCCUUUCUGGGUUUCAGUCAAGUUGUAAGUGUUUCAGUCAUCUAGUCAUAUUUCAUGUGUUAUUCUUGUAGUUUUUUUGUAAAAUGGCAUCAGACUUGACAGCUUCUACUGCUGAGUAAUCAUGAAAGUUAGAGAAUGGACUGUCCUGGACUUUCUUCCAUGAGCUCCUAACUCCCCCCUCAGCUCUGCGGCUGAACCAGAGUGAGUGUAGGGCAGCAUCAGGAAGACUCAGGCUGCUCAUGAUGGGGAACGUCAUACGUGGCGCUGUGGCCUUCAUCCCAUCCGAGCGCUGCCAGCGUUUCCUGGUGGGCGACCUGAAGGAGAUGCCUCUCGAUCGGACACUAGACCUGAGCAAACUGCAGCUGCGUCGUCUUCCUAUGGCUGCCUGCCUGUUCAAUGAGCUGGUCAAGCUCUACCUGAGUGGCAACAACCUGAGCACCCUACCUGCAGACUUGCAGGGCCUGAGGAAGUUGCAGCUCUUAGCUCUAGACUUCAACUGUUUCGAGGAGCUGCCUGCGGCUGUGUGUCAGCUACCUCAGCUUAACAUCCUGUAUCUGGGCAACAACCAGCUCUGGUGCCUCCCCCGGGAGCUGGGCGAGCUGAAAGAACUUAAUACCCUGUGGUUGGAGACCAACUGUUUCACUGAGUUCCCCAGUGUAGUCUGCGACCUCCCCAACCUCAAGACCCUCCAUCUGGGGUACAACCAGAUAAGCAAACUGCCCAUGGAACUCGGUGGGUUGGAGGAGCUGAGGAGUAUCUGGCUAGCCGGGAACCAGCUGUGUGAGUUCCCGCCAGUGUUGCUUGCCAUGCACUUUCUGGCCGUGAUCGAUGUGGACCGCAACAAAAUCCGCCGCUUUCCCGGUCUGUCCCACUUGCAGGGGUUGAAACUGGUAAUCUACGACCACAACCCCUGUGUGAACGCACCUGUGGUCGGGGAGGGGGUCAGGAGGGUUGGACGCUGGGCGGACAGCUCGGAUGAUGAAGAGGAUGGUGAGGAUGGGUCGAAAGUGUGUGAGACUCCGACUGAGGUGAAGGGGCUUGCCUCCGAGGGACAACUGGACUCACUACUUGAAAAGGGUUGUGGAAGCAUCUGACCUUGAACUGUG